AUGUUCACACGCAAAAUGGUAGACGUUGAACAGGAAAUCGUCCAGCCGGUUUCGUUUUUCAGUCCUGCGUCGUACAAUUUACCGCAGUUCAAGUUUUCUCAUCUGCCGUCAUCUGAAGUCAGGAACGCGUGGAUCGGAUGGAUUCGAUGGUUUGAAAAUGUCAUGGCUGCGACAAACAUAACAGAUGGCAAAUGUCGAAAAGCACAGCUAUUGGCAAUGGGUGGUUUUGAACUACAGGGGGUAUUUUAUGGAAUACCUGGAGCGGACGUUGAUGGUCAAGACGGUGAAGAUCCAUAUGUCGUGGCAAAGGAAAGACUCACAGAACAUUUCUCCCCCAAACAACAUGAAAGCUUCGAGAGGUUCCAAUUUUGGUCAAUGUCUAUGGACAAAGACGAACCAAUUGAAAAAUUCUUACUGAGAGUUCAGCUGAAGGCAGAGAAAUGUGCAUUUGGUCGAAAUGAACAGGAAUCCCGUCAAAUCGCCGUGAUUGAUAAGGUCAUACAAAAUGCUCCGGAAGAUCUACGUCGAAAGUUACUCGAAAAAGAACAACUUAGGCUUGACGACGUAUCGAAAUUGAUCAAUGCCCAUCAAUCAAUCAAACAUCAAGCGUCUCAAAUGUCUACUCGACCAAACCCUGUCGAUGUUAAUCGUUUGGUUAUAAAGAAACCUGGAAUUCCAUUUUACAAAGACUCUGGCGUACCUGCAUACAAAGCGAGAUGUUCACGGUGUGGAAGAUUACAACACCAGGAGUUCGAGAAAUGUCCUGCGCUGGAUCGAACUUGCCAUAGAUGCAGGAGACUUGGCCAUUUUCAAACGAUGUGCAAGGCAAAAGUGGAAAAAGAUCCUGCAAGUGCGAGAAAAAGGAGAUACUCGCCGAUGCGAGGAGGUCGGGCAAAACGAUACAAAUCUGUACGAAAUGUUGAAUCACGGAGGGGUUGACAUUGAGAUGCUGAUAGAUUCGGGCUCAACCUACAAUCUAAUCGACGAUACCACGUGGGAACUACUAAAACUCAAAGAAGUUGAGUGUCACUCUCAAAGAUAUGAUACCUCUAAACGGUUUCUUGCAUAUGGGCGAGUACCAUUGAAGCUACUCACAGUAUUCGAUGCGGAGAUCGAAAUUAGAGAUGGACCUGACGUUAUCUCGACUAACACGACUUUUUAUGUGAUUAAGGGAGGCCAACAAUCACUUUUAGGAAAAGUCACGGCCCGGAAGUUAGGAGUGCUUCGAGUUGGACUACCCAGUACCUUCAAAGAAAUCGUUGGUCGCGUCGAAGAAACUAAAGUCUUCCCAAAAGUAAAAGGCUUCAAGUUGGUGCUUCCUAUCGAACCAUUCCACCUGUCAUCCAGCCGCUUCGACGAUGUCCAAUUCCGAUUCUCGAUCAAGUCAAGAUAAAGUUAGCACGGCGUGUGUAUGGGAAAAGUUUAUAACAAAAAAUAGGCAUCGUCAAAUUUUUCGCUAUUCAAAAAUAGAGGCUUUCAGCUUUCAUUUGCAGGGUCCCUCAAAAAAAUCCACCGAGGGAUCCCGAACAACUUUUUCAGAAUACUGUUUUUCUCCAUACAAAAUGCGCGGUUCCAAAUUAAUCCCUAUUUCUACUUAACAAACAUACCCAAUUUUUGUAUGAAAAAGUUCCCCCGAUGGAAUAUUUCGAUGUUGGGCUUGAAUGAAAGCUGGUAGCGUCAACUUUCACGUAGCGUAAAAAUUAGCGAUGCCCAUUUUUUUGUAAUAAAUUUAUUCUACCAGACCCACCGUGAAUUAGAUGAACUGUUGGAAAAGGGCAUCAUUGAACGGGUUACUAAACCCUCGUCAUGGGUAUCCCCUCUAGUGCCUAUUAUGAAAGACAACGGCGAACUAAGAUUGUGUGUGGACAUGCGGCGGGCUAACCAGGCAAUCCAGAGGUUGAACCACCCUUUGCCGGUAUUUGAGGACCUCCUGGCCAAGUUUACAGGAGCGAAAUAUUUCACCACAUUGGGCAUUCAGCAAGCUUUUCAUCAUGUGGAACUAGCCGAAGAAAGCAGAGACAUAACCACAUUCAUAACGAAUUGGGGUUUGUUUCGAUACACACGUCUAUUGUUUGGAGUCAAUUACACACCAGAUUUUUUUCAAAACCUUAUGGAAAGCAUCCUUGCUGAUUGCAAGAAUACGGUGGUGUUCAUCGAUGAUAUUUUUAUGUGGGGUGCUACUGAAGCGGAGCAUGAUGAAGCAGUAAAGAAAACGCUGUGUGUUAGCCUCUCAUGGUUUAACGCUCAACCUCCAGAAGUGCAAAUUCAAGAGGAGGGAAACUGAAUUCCUCGGUCAUAAACUGUCUGAAGAUGGAGUACUACCUGCCGAUUCUAAGGUGAAAUCCCUGCUACUGUGUCGAGCCCCACGUGCGAAAGAAGAACUGCGUAACUUUCUCGGCCUUGUGACCUACGUCUCCAGGUUUCUUCCGAAUCUCGCAACUUUGAGCCGUCCGUUGAGGGCACUUCUGAAAAAUUCAAAUCAGUUUUGUUGGCUUUCGGAACAUCAGAAAUCAUUCGAUUCCCUUAAACAUCUGAUUGGAAAUAUUGACUGCCUAGGCUAUUUCGAUCCAACCGAUCACACCAUCCUAGUAACCGACGCUUCUGGAGUUGGUCUCGGUGCAGUUCUAGUACAAAUCCAUCAAGGCAGAACUCGCAUAAUCAGUUACGCAUCACGCAGCUUAUCAGAGACAGAACAACGGUACCCACCAAUCGAAAAGGAAGCCCUUGCGAUUGUGUGGGGGGUUGAACGAUUCAAGGUGUACUUGCUGGGUAUAUCGUUUGUACUGGAAACGGAUCAUCGUCCAUUGGAAGUACUGUUUACGGUAAAUUCGCGUCCGACAGCGCGAAUCGAACGAUGGAUGCUUAGAUUGCAAGCCUUUAGGCUCAAGGUUGUCUACAAAAAAGGAUCGUCGAACAUUGCUGAUACUCUCUCGCGUCUUGGCUCUCACGUUAAAGAUCCCUCUUGGCAAGAAGAAUCGGAGGUGUACAUCCGCAGAAUUGCUGCAAACGCAUUGGCAAUUUUACAACAAGAACAAUCAAGUGCGGAUUAUGACAACGAAACUGAAAUUUCAAUUCGGACUGUUCAAGAAACUGCAGCGAUAGAUAUUUCAGAAGUAAUCGAGGCAACAAAGAAUGACGCAGAGCUUCAAGCGGUACUGUCUUCUAUCAUGAAAGAAGAUUGGACUUCUCCUAUCGUCAAGCAAUAUUCUGCGUUUCGUUGUGAACUUUCUUUCGCUAAUGGUUUGGUCAUGCGUGGAUCGAAACUAGUCGUACCUUCUAUUCUUCGGGAGCGAAUGCUUUUGCUAGCUCACGAAGGUCAUCCCGGCCAGUCAUGUAUGAAGCGACGUCUCCGCGACCGUUGCUGGUGGCCAAACAUGGACCAAGAGGUAGUCAAAGUCUGCGAGAAAUGUGAAGGAUGCCGCCUUGUACAAAUACCCGAUCCUCCGGAACCGAUGGAGCGUAGACCAUUGCCCGACAAGCCAUGGGUUGACAUUGCAAUUGAUUUCCUUGGACCAUUGCCGACAGGGGAAUACAUUUUGGUAGUGGUGGAUUAUUUUAGCAGACACGUGGAUUUGGAAAUCAUGACUUCAAUAACAGCCAAAGAAACUAUUAAGCGAAUGGCAAGAAUUUUCGGACUUUGGGGCGUACCACGUACAAUCACCCUGGAUAAUGGGAAGCAGUUUGUCGCUACAGAAUUUGACGAUUUCUGCAAAGUAAAGGGAAUUCAUCUGAAUCGUACUACCCCGUACUGGCCCCAGGCCAACGGCGAGGUAGAGCGUCAGAACCGAUCUUUGCUCAAGCGGCUAAAGAUAGCAAAUGCUUUGUAUGGCGACUGGGAAUCCGAGAUGUCACAUUAUUUAGAAAUGUACAAUAAUACACCUCAUUCCACAACCGGAAGAUCUCCAAAUGAGCUACUCCAAAAUCGACGGCCUCGUUUCAAGUUUCCAGAGGUUGAAGAUUUGUCAACGGCAAUACUUUCAUCAGAACACAGAGAUAAGGACACUGUACAGAAGUCUUUGGGAAAGGAGAGAGAAGAUGCUAAGCGCAGGUCAAAGCCCAGUGCAAUUGGCCUGACGAUGUGGUACUCAUGCGCAACCUACACCCAACCAACAAGCUCUCGACCAACUUUUUAAAGGAGAAGUUUACGGUGGUAGAGUGGAACGGAUCAAAUGUAAGAGUACGAUCAAUGGAUACAGGCAAAGAGUACGACAGGAAUGUUUCCCACUUGAAAAAGAUUUCAGGUACGGUAACUGGACAGGAAGAUAAUCAUUCUUCAGAAGAAGAACGCAUAGAACCUGCAGUUCUACGUCGUUCUCAGCGUAAUCGUAAGUCACUAGUUUCGUAAUACUGGUCUUAAGUGUUAAUAUACCAGAAAUGAAAAUAAUUAUCAAGCUCAAAGUAAAAUACAUCUAGUUCCAUAACAAAAGUA